UGGCUGCAUGUGGUGGCGCGGACCCAGCGCCCGGGCUGGGAGGGAAGGAGGAGGCAGCAAGCCCCGCUCCCCGCUCGCUCCCGUCUCCCGCUCCCAGCUCCGGGCACUCCUCCUGCCAGCGGCAGCCCCUCGUCCGCUGCCCGCCCCGAGCUGCCCCGAGGUCCCUCUCCCCCGCCGGUACCUGCAGCAUGGACUCGGACUCCGGGGAGCUCAGCGAAGGCGAGCUGGUCUCACCCGCAGGUCCCGAUUAUUUCAGUUCCAAGAACCUCGCAUUGCAAGCCCAGAAAAAGAUCCUGAGUAAAAUGGCAACCAAAACCAUGGCCAACAUGCUGAUUGAUGACACAAGCAGUGAAAUCUUUGAUGAGCUGUACAAAGUAACAAAGGAACACACAAGAAACAAAAAGGAAGCUCAUAAAAUCAUGAAGGACCUGAUUAAAGUGGCAAUAAAAAUCGGGAUCCUCUAUCGAAAUAAUCAGUUUAACCAAGAAGAGCUGGAAAUUGUAGACAAGUUCAGGAAGAAGCUGAACCAAACUGCCAUGACAAUUGUCAGUUUCUACGAGGUAGAAUACACUUUUGACAGAAAUGUUCUUGCAGAACUUCUGAAUGAAUGUAAAGACCUUGUGCAUGAACUAGUAGGUCGACACCUGACACCGAGAUCCCACGGGCGCAUCAACCAUGUCUUCAAUCACUUUGCAAAUGUAGAAUUUCUAACUGCCCUGUACAGUCUUGAUGGAGAUUGUCGGCCAUACCUCAAAAAGAUCUGUGAUGGCAUCAACAAACUUCUUGAUGAGAAGGUCCUUUGAAACUAUGCUCAAAACCAAGAAACCAACCAAAAACUUCUCUCCAGAACUGGCCACCCUUCAUGAGCCAUGGUGAGCAAAUGAGCUUACUUCCCAGCAGUCUCCAGCAGGGGCCAGAAAGUGCUCACCAGGCUCAUGAUGAAGUGGAAAACUUAAAUCAGAAAGCUAUCAGUCUUAGUGUUUUGUUCAGAUAAUUGUCUUUUCCAAGGAGCAGAGCGAACAAGACUGCAGAUAUAUAUUGUUCAGACACAGAUUGCUAUACACUAUGAUUUUACCAGCUCUGUGUUCAAGGCUGAACAUGUGAAAAGAAAGUAAACUCAAAUGCAUGGCUAUGGAAAAAUAAGAUGGGUGCAGUAACACAUGGAAUUCACUCACAGGCUGCCCUGGGUGCCUAUGUUUUUAUUUUCCCUCCACUGACUGAAAAAGCUUAGACAGAAAGUAGGGCUGCAGUGGAUUAAGUUCACUCCUUUCAAAAGCAUCAGGAACCACUAUGAGGAGGCAUCUCUUAUUUUACAUAGUAUUUAAGUCUAGUAAUUGAACAACAAUAUAUACUGACUGAAGUGGGGAAAACAUUAAAGAGCUGCUAGAUAAAGCAGUAUUUUCAUUAGAGAGUUUUGUUUUAUACCUGGCUGGUAUAAAGGAGAGAAGGUGUAAUUUUAAUUUUGAAAAGCAACUCAGUGGUUCAAGCUCAAAGGUAACCACAAAGCUAGAUGAAAGUAGGACAUCUGCUUCCCCACUCUCAGGGUUUGUGUAUCUGGUAACAUCAGGCGAGUUUAGGCUGCUGCUCUUUCCGCUUUCCCUGACAGAGCAAAAUAUUCUUUGUGACGAUUUUGAAACUGCACUUGAAGAGGAGCUCGAAUAAGACACCAAUGGAGCUAUAAAGCAACGUUUACAUCCCCCAUCCUCAAAACAUUCAGCCUAAAUACAACUCAGUUUAACAUGUCCUUCAUGUUCAUUUGUGCCUACAGCAAAACAGAGAUGGGAUAAGAAAGGCACCCCAGCUGCCAUGCUGUGGUGCCAUCCAAGUGUUGUAUAUCCACAGGAGAACAAUCUGGGUCAUACUGGUGAGCUUCAUGAAUGACUUACCUGUUCAGAAUGUUUUCAGUGACUUUUUUCUUCUUUUUUUGAACAAAAUAUGCCAAUGUCUUCAAACUGAAAACAUUUUGCAAAGAAAUACUGGUUUCUGUACAGAUUUGUUAGGAUUAAGGGAGAAGGGGAGCGGAGCAAAGCAGAUACACCAGCUUGUCACUUGCAGAAGGUGUAAACGAAGUAUGUUCAGAAAUCUCUCCUUGCCUUCUACAUCUUAUCCUCCAGACUCACCUCUACAUACUGACACUUCCAUGCCAUGUACUAUCUCCUUUUAGUUGACAGAGAGAGCAGUUACCUCCAUUAUCUGGAGGUAACGCCUUCCCUAUCACAUAUAAUACAGAGAUGCAUGUACUUGAAAAUUGACAAAGAAAAUUUAUUUGAAAUCCAUUCCUCUCUAUGGAAUAUUUCCAGUCUUGAUCACCCAUUAUUUAGUAUAAGAAAAAUUUCUCAUUUAAACUCUUAAAUACUAUGGUGAUAUUGAAAAUUGUUCAAAAUUUUAUUAUUUUUCUCUUUCCUUGCCCCAUAAUAACUACAUUGUACCUCUUGCAACAACAAUUUUUACUAUCACACCUUUAUACAGUUGAGAAUACACAAUACCCAGAUAAUGUAUUCACUAGGGUUGUGCUAGAUGGAUUUGCAUCUGUUUCCAGAACUCAUUUUGGAGCACAGCAAAAAUGGCAGCACAAGACAUGACCACAGCAGUUUGUAACAAUGUAGUUUUCCCCACAUUUUUCCUUUAACCAUAAAUGUGUAUUUAGUAGCAAUGAAGGCAGACAAUUCCUUUUGCAAGACAGCACAGCAAUGAAACACCAACAUUCAGCCAUCUGCUCAGCCAUCCACACACACCAUUAGCUGCAUUAUAUCCAAGCACAUACUUGUCACUUGAUGCUUUUGAACAGUAUUUAUUGUAUCCAACACUGCUGUCCCAGUACACCUGUCAGAUUUUGUGUUUAUUUCACUUGUAGCAAACAAAUUUCUUUUUUUUAAAGCCAGAAGAAAAAAAAAUGUUCAAGAUGUCCAAAGGAAAAGGAUAUCCUGUAUCUGUGACCUUCUUUUUGUGUGUUGCAAGUAUCAAUAUUCAGAUUCUGGUAUUUUAGACAAACCAGCUGAGCAUCUGUUGUUUUAUUUAUAAAUCUGAGUAGCCUUAAGGAACAAGAAUGUUUAAGCAUUUCUCAUACUUGCAUAUUCUGUAUAUUCAUUGUUUACUUUUGUACUUGUAGCUUGGUAUGUAGUAACAUUGCUAAAACAUGGGCAAUGUUCAGGUCACCUUAAGUAUAUGAUGUAUUAUCAUAUUUGUGGAUUAAAAAUGUGUGAUUACUGCCCUUUUUGUUUCCUUUUAUUUGCUCCAAUGUAAAUUGAAAUUAAUCAAUAAGAAGAGGGAAUUAGUGUAA